UUGUAAACAGAAAGCCAUGGCCGGUGUCCUCAUACGAAGGAAUUUUCGCCUAUUUUAUCCUACUGCGAUCAAAUACAGGCCUAAAACGACCUAUGUCGUAUUGCUCCCAGAAACUCCUGUAGAUACUGCCGAGGACAAUGCCCUCCUUCGUACAGAGGACUUGCCACAAUUCGAACAGCUCACCCCAGAGAAAUGCUGGACGGGCAUUGGCAAGCUGGCACUGGAGUACGAAUCUGGAGUUUGGGCAGUGGAGGAGAAAGCUAAAAAAAUGAAAGAACCUAAAACAUUCAAGAACAUAGUAGAAGAGUUAGACAAACUGGAGUCUCCUCUGAAUACGGCAUGGAGCACUGUGAAGACCUUGUACACAGUCAAGAAUAAUGAGAUGAAUACCAACACUUACCUGAAGAUUCACGAACGAGCACGUAAGGCUAGGGUGCAUAAAUUCCAGAGCCUUCCCAUCUAUGAGGCUUGUAAGGAUAUAUAUGUAAAUGACACAAAUCUAGAUGAGGCGCAGAGACGUGUUGUGCGUAAAUUUCUUCUCGAGGCGCGGUUGAAUGGGAUUGAAUUACCUGCUGAGAAAACCCCCCUAUUUGCAGAGACGUUAAAGAAACUAGAAGAUCAAAAAAAUGAAUUUAGGAAAAAAGUUGCAGAGUCAACAAAUAGGUUCUCAUAUAGGAUAAAUGAUCCCAGCCUUGUCAAAGAAUUCCCAGUUGAGCUCCUGAAGAACAUGGCAGUUAACAGGUCACGAUAUCACCAGGGGCCUUGGGAUAUUGUUCUUCAUCCACAUGUUUAUGACAGCUUUUUGGAGUAUUGCCCACUAACUGAUCUGCGGCGUAACACAUACAGGGCAUUCAACAUGAGGGCAUCAAACCAUAUUAGUAAAGAUGUAAACAACAGCCUUCAUCUGGAAGAAAUACGGUCAUUAAGGAGUGAACAAGCUAAGAUUUUAGGGUAUGAGAACUUUGCUCAGAUGUCCAUGGAGACCAAGAUGGCAGGAAGUGUAGAGAAUGUGAUGUCAAUGAUUACCAGCUUGUUAGCUAAAGCACGGAAGGCACAGGACAAAGAAAUAGCUAGUCUCCAAGAGUUUGCAGAAGGCAGAGGCUUUGAAGGGAAACUGGAGGCAUGGGAUGUGCCAUACUGGAGAAGGAAGCACAAGCGUCAUGUAUUCAACUUUGAUGAGGCUCAGCUCCAAGAAUAUUUCCCCUUUGAGCACGUGCUGGUGAAGCUUCUGGAGAUCAGUUCAGAGCUCUUUGGCAUAUCCUUCGAGGAAGUCCCAAGUGGAGAGGUUUCCACUUGGCACCCAGAUGUGCGGUUCUUCCAAGUAACAGAUGCUAAUGGGGAAUACCUUUCGUCCUUUUACCUGGACCCUUAUAGCAGACCUGGCGAGAAGCUUUACACUCGAAUUGGUUCUGCAUGGAUGCUUGGUUGCCGCAGUCGAUCUGAGGUUGCAGGGACGUCACCAAUUGCAAACUUAGUGUUCAACUUCAAGCCUCCUGCCUCUGAGGACCAACCUGUGUUACUUACCUUCAAUGAUGUUAAUUUACUGUUCCAAAAGUUUGGACAUGCUCUUCAACACCUGCUUACAAGGGUUCCUUACAGUGAAGCAUCAGGAUUAACUAACAUUGAAUGGGAUGCUGUAGAAGUGUGCUCAAACUUCAUGCAAAAUUGGCUGUACCAGCCAGAAGUUUUGGAGCGCGUAAGCUGCCACUACGACUCUGGCUUACCUCUAAGUGGGUCAAGCAUAAAGGAUAUCAUAGCUAGUCGCAACCACAUGGCAGGCUUCGACAUAUGUUCCGAACUCUACAUUGCUCAUCUUGAUAUUCAGCUUCAUUCAUGCAAAGACUUCUGGCUGGAUGUAUCCCGAGAGUUGUGGGACACGUACCGCCCCUUCGUCUUAGACAAGUAUGAUGCUCAUCCCUGCUCGAACACCACCAUCAUGGCUGACGUCUGGGCUGCUGCCUAUUACUCACACAUUUGGUCACGUAUGGUAGCGGCAGAUGCUUUCCAGGCAUUCAAGGAGUCGAGUGAAGAGCAUGAGGUUAUUGGAAAGAGGUUUUGUGAUACCUUCUUGGCGCUGGGUGGAGGCUGCCAUCCAGGUGAAGUUUUCCGCAGGUUCAGAGGCCGUGAUCCAUCACCAGAUGCCCUUCAGGUUCUCUCGGGAAUAGUUAAAAACAAAGGCGCUGUCUCAACUUAGCCAUAAAGGAAGCAGUUGUAAGAAAGACAUUUAAAAUUAGGUGUGAAGUAUGGAUCACACUGCAUCGACUUUUUAAUGUUCUUGUGAAUGGAAAAUAUGUAAUUUACAAUGUUGACAAAAUAGUAUGAAUAAAUGAAAAUAGUCUGGUACAUAAAUGGAACAGAUGUCAAACUUGCAAGAUGUGUUGUUUCCCAGAUUGCAUCUCCCAAUUUGAAUUUAAAUGUUAUCAAUAUCAUGGCAACAGAAACAAACCAAUUAUCUAGUUACUGAUGUCCUGUCCACACAAUAGAACAAUGCCUGGCAGACUUUGACUGUCGCACAGAGUUGCUUCUGUCUGUCAGGGUCAUCGAUUGAAACCUGGCAGGAAACAAUCAUACUACCAAGCUAACAGCCUUAUCUGGCGAUUUGAUUUGCCGAAACAGCAAGCAUAAGCAAGUGUCUGUCAGUCAGUGCUCAAUUUUGUGGGUGUUCUAUUUUUCCAGUUAGAUUUCCGUGUUUAUUAGAGCUUUGGAAUUGUAUAUAUGAUGUAUACUAUGAGAUGAUCUUAUCUUUCUACAUGGUUAUUGUCUGUAUUAUUUUGUAAAUAAAUUUACAAUUAAGUAAAUCUAAAUAAGUAUUGA